CUUUAUACAAUACGCGAUCAUGACAUCUGAAGACAUGGUGCGGUUGCGCACUGUGCUAGGCGCGAGCGACAAGCAGACACAGAACUUCCUGCAGCCGCUCCUUCCUCUACGCGGCGUCCAGGAGCUGCUUAUGACGUUUGUGCGGGACUCGUCUCGGUCGUUCGAGGACUGGGUUUGGGACCCACAAGUGCGACAAACACUCUUGCAGAUGCGGGACGCUGAGCCGCAUUCGCACGCGCAGGGCCGAGACCUGGACGAAUGGUAUUCCCGAGCAGCACAGGAGCGUCUCGCAGCCAUGACGCUACAGAACCCGGACGACGUGACGCCUCCAGAGUUUCUAGAGGAGGCGGACACGGCGCAAUGCUACGGGAAGGUGAAGUUUAAGGAAAAGAACUAUUAUGCGGCGAAGAACGCCUUCUUAAAGAGUAUCCAGGCCGUGUUGAAGCACCAACAGAGUGAGUACUACGGCAAGACUGUCCCUGCUGCCGAAUGGGACGAUCUGGACAUGCAAGAACGAUAUGUGACGCUGUGUAAUAACGUCGCGAUCUGUGGCAUCAAGAUGAAGGAUCUAUCGCUUAUCAACGAGUAUGCAGCCAAGGCUUUGGCCGUAGAGGAGACGUCCACGAAAGCGUUGUAUGCUAUGGCCAAGUUGCGCCUCAUGGAGCAUCGCUAUAACGAGGCGAACGAGGUUGUUGACAGGGCGUUGACGUUUUACCCUGAUAAGGCGCAAUUCCUUAACCUCCGCAAGGAGAUUGAAGCAGCAGAACGCAAACAAGCGAUAGAACAAGCGGAGCUAUCUGAGAUCAGAGCGAAACAACUGCAAGCUGUCAUGACUGCGAGUACAGUGGCAGAACCACCGGCCUUGACGCAGGAACAACGUGAGGAGCAACUUAAAGAGGAAGUGCAAAAGAGAAUUGACACUACUCCGCUACCUACAAGAGAAAACGACAUGUUUGCUGCUGCGAGACUGAACGUCUACUUCAUGAAGAUCAAGCAAAGAAUUAUUGUAGACAUUCACUCUCGCUACAACGCUGACAUGGGUGAAGAGCCAAAAUUCGAGUGUACUAUUGUGAACGGCGCUACGGGUCAAGUGCUCGCGACUGGUGUUCUAGGUGCUUCUAAGAAAAUUGUGAAGAACGAAGCGUGUAAAAUCGUAAUCGAAAAGCUCUGGCACGACAAGGAAGCUGCUGGCAAAUUGACUCCCGAAGAUCAGGCAUACUUGGAGAGAUUCGAGCGCGCGAAGGCCAGUGGCCAGCCGUUGAAGAGUGAAGCUGAAGCUCCAAAAGCUCAUCAGACAGACGACAAUGGACCGCAGUAUCCUGUACGAGUGAGUUGGCUGGAGCGACAGCUCCAACCGUUGCCCUUGCUGAACCAACUUACCCAACGUGGAAGUCUCCAAGCCCGUUUUGAUAUUGAAGACGUGUCGCCCAACAAAGAAGUCACCGAGUUCAAGUGCACGGGCUUUCUAAACGGCGAGCAGAUCGCUACUGGCAACGCCAUCAGCAAAAAGAAAGCCAAAGUGGAAGUCGCCAAGCAAGUGCUUGCCGCUGCGUAUGAGAAGAACCUGCUACUCGUUUAUGAUGGACCUACAGAAGAUGAAGAGGGAACUGACCAGACGCCAGCGCAUGGAGAAUGAAGUGUAAUGUAUUCGCUGCGAAGGACAACGCCGUGUCGUGGUCUGGGUGUGUAUAUUGCUCCUGUAUGGCCCGUGGCUGUUUUGGUGCUGUGUGUCUCGGUCACGUGUGUUUGAACGAAACCUCCGUGUCUCGCUCUAUAUAUUGCUGCUGCUUGUAUUGUGCUCGUGGUUAUCGGUUGUUUCUCGUUUCUCCGUUGCUAAUCUACAGAUUCGGUGCACCUGGGCGAGCGCUUGUCUCGCUCGCACCCUAACUAGAUGUUGACAGCUUUAGUCGGCGUGCACGUCGAGUGAGAGCUGAUACACCUUCUGUGCACGUCGCGCACGCAGGAAAUACAUGAUGCUGGUGCCGAAGACACACAGAUACAGGAACGCGGCCAGGAAAAUGCUCGUUGCCAGCGAUGACUUGGGCUGACCAUGAGGCGGUUUAACCUUAAUGUAUAGCGAGUUGCUGCUCACGAUGCAGCCCACGAUGAGCUACCAGAAAGUUAAGUAUGUUAGUUUUAGCCAAAAAUUCGUAGAUCAUUCAGUAAAGCCUUACCAGCAAGAAGAAGCCUGAGAACGAGAAGAUGGCGCAGCAAAUAAUACCUGUUUAAUACAAGAACAAUAAUUACUUUUCAACCA